AUGUUCCGUGACUCCAAAAAGAGCAGUCGGCUUGAAGAGAAGAUAACACAGUGUAGUGCAAAGCGCUCGUUACUGACACUUAUUGGCGCUGCAAUGUCAUCACAAGAUCGCAGUGGAACGCGUCACGCGCGAAGUGGGCGGGGUGUCUUGGUUUCGACGGACGCGCGGAACGGCCUUUCCCCCUGGACAGCAGUAAAUUUGUGUAGUACUUCGUUCUUAUUUCUAUUCAAAUAUGAAGAAAUCAUAUGGGAAUUAGCCUCAGUUGAUGGUCUCUCGCCGGACGGUCAACGAAUACUGGCAGCUGAGCGAGACCGUUUCAACUCGGCACUGUUGUCGUACUGUAUGGCCACACAUGGAGUGGCGAAUGCACCGGCCCAUUACGCAGCCGUUUUGUCCAUGGUCGAUAUUUUACAUCGCCAAGCAAAAACACAGAAAGACUUUCAUGUAAUCAUCCAAAUGCAACGAUCUCGAUUUCAUGUGCGUGGCGCAUACCGCGAAGGGUUUAUACUCUGA